AUGUUUGGGCUUAAUGUGCCAACGGUUUACGAACCAUUGCCAAAAAAAAGAGGUGGUGAAAAUGCUAUCAGCUACUUGCAUAAGCAGUUAGUACAGAAAUACGAUCCUACUGGCAAGAGACGAGCUUUGGUGGAUUCCAAGACUGGCUUGAGAGCUGGAGAUGUUAUAAAGGUCACAUAUAUGGAUCGAACCGAUGUCGUAGGAAGAGUUUUGGGAAUAAAAAGAGGUCAGAACAAUGUGGGGACCAACAUAUUGAUCCGUAACAAGAUCAACCGUGUUGGUUGUGAAGUCAGAAUCCCAUUAUUCUCUCCUAAGCUCCGUAAUAUCGAGGUCUUGUACAAGCCAAAGAAAUAUUUGUCGAGAGCCAAGCAAUACUACAUUAGGAACACCAAACUUGAUGUGGACGAUGUCGAAGCUUACGUCAAGCGUCAACAACACAAGUGA